CCUGGUACCAAGGAACAGUUCAAGACAUCUCGGUACCUAGACGCCGGUACCUCACGAACAAAUACCUCCCGAUGGAUUUGAUGCACAAAAAUGAUCUACAUUAUUGGCGUUUCCCUCUUCAUCACCCUGGCGCUUUCAGCCCGAGAACCGAAGCAGAUUACUCUCACCCAAGGGACCAUUUCUGGGAUGUACAUAACUAGGUUCCGGACCAAACGGAUAGCGGCCUACCUGGGUAUACCUUAUGCCCAUCCGCCAACGGAGACGAAAAGGUUCGCUCCACCGGACUACACUGAUCCACCUCGCUGGGAAGGAGUAAGGAACGCGACUGUCUUCGCUCCAGACUGCAUGCAGAGUGAUCCCAAGAAGGAGGAUGUACAGCAUCCGUUGAAUAAGCACGAUGAGCUGUUCUCGAAGCUUCUAGAAGCGCAGCUGGAGGAACCGAGGAAGAAGGAGUUUGCUGAGGACUGUUUGUACCUGAACGUGUAUGUACCUGAUGAUGCACGGGUGGAGAACUACCCAACUGUUGUAUGGCUGCACGGUGGAGACUUCGUCCGGGGAAGUCCCAACAGCAUGAAUCCUUUCCAGCUAGUAUUGAAACAAAAGGUAAUUUUCGUUUCGGUGGCCUAUCGUCUGAAUAUUUUCGGCUUUUUCUCGACACUCGAUAACGAGGUGCCCGGCAACUUCGGCUUGUUAGACCAAGUGGCGGCCAUGAUUUGGGUGAAAAACAACAUCGCGAGUUUCGGAGGUGACCCAGAAAACGUCUGUUUGUUCGGUCACGACGCUGGAUCCAUAAGCAUCGGCCUUCAUCUGAUCUCCUCGUACUCUUCAGGACUCUUCCACAAAGCCAUAGCCAUGAGUGGCAAUGUCCUGUCUUCGGAUACGGUAAACAUCGCUAGAAAAGAGGUGAUCACAGUCGACAAAGUCGCAAGCGCCUUCAGUUGCUUCCGGAAACCGACGUUUCAACUACUGGACUGCCUGAGACGAGUGCCGUUCCAGGCUUUACUGGAUAUUGGAGAACCGUUGGCGACGUGGAAACCGAUCGUCGACAACGGAUUCAGUAACGUCACGCUUCCGUUCAUAGCUGACACGCCAAAGCAAAUGUUCAAGGACGAAAUAUUUAGCGCUGUGCCUCUUCUGACGGGCUUCACCAAUAUGGAGGACGCACUGCUUAUAGACAAAGACGGCACCGACAGCGAGGGUUUGAGUCAGAAGGAGUUUGACACCCUGCGAGAGGAAGUCAUCCUAUCAGACAUCACCAUAGACAACAGCUCGUGUUUCACCAACCAGCAGCACAUACAUGACGCCGUCUCCUUCCUCUACCAGCCGAUCCCGCCCACGACGAACGAGUCGAUCAUACGCCAGCACUUUCUAGAGUUUUACACGGACAAAAUUUACGGUGCCACGACUUAUCAGCUCGCCAAAUAUUUGAGCAAGCACGCGCCUAUUUACCUCUACCGGUUUGAUCUUAAACCUUUCUCAGAUCUCGCGAACGAGGGAAUACCUGAAUGGGUGGCAGUUCCUCAUAACUUUGACUUGAUUUUCACGUUUGGAAUGCCACAUUUGGCACUACCGGAGGACAUAUCAAAGUGGGACUACCGAGACAAAAGUAUAUCAGAGAUCGUUAUGAAAAUGUGGAGCAAUUUCGUCUGGUAUUCCAACCCGACGAAUUCCGGAGUCAUCCUACAGUGGGACACGUUCGAGAUUGAACGACCGGGGUUCUUUAUCAUGAAUCGGCAGAAUUUUACGAUGAGCACGCCGAGCAAUAUUAACUACAAAGCGUUCGAGUUUUGGACGGACUUUUAUCCGAAGGUCAUAGAAAUCGGCACGAAAUGCUGCAAGGAACCCACUGACGAAUCAGGCACUUUGUUGUUUGUGUUGUUGCCGGCGCUGGUCGCGGGUCAACGACCUUCGUUCGCCGGCACGCAGCCAAUCGGCUUCCCCGCACUCACGGACGCCAAACCCAGCGAUCCAUUUGGAAACAGAUUUGGCGAGGACCUAGAACUGCCGCUCGAAGCGAAAGGCGACAGGGACUUGGUGGAUAGGAUAAGCAAGCUGCCGGUAGACAAGCAGCCCUUCUGGUACAUCAAUUGGAAGGCUCUGGAAGCCCAGAGGAAGAACCCACAGACUUACCCACAGAAACCCAACGUUUUCAGCAAUGCCCAGAACUCCGGUAACGCCCAAAAUUCCGGCAACGCCCAGAACGGCCUGACGUCAAAAUUCGGAGAAAGUUCCGCUGUCCCGACUCAGAAUACUCAAACUCAGAUUAAUGAAAACCAGAACUCGAAUCAGAAUUACAACUACAGGAAUUCUAGACGUCAUUACUAAAAUUUUAAGAUUCUUGCCAACAAAUCAUAUCGACCAUGUACCAUCAGAUAAAUUGAUUCAAAGGUUACCAUAAUCUGACCGAAUUACAUAUCAGCCAUAUAUCCCUUGAACCAAUUUCUCUGAUAGAUUACUGAGUGUCUAGUCGUUAAGAAGUACUGUGAAAAAGAAUUUAAAAAAAAAGUUGUAAUAUGAUUUAAGACAGCCGUUGCCUGUCCUGCUAAUGAUUUCUGAAGAUGAUACUCAAUUAGGCAUAAGUUGAAAUAAGUAUAUCAAUGUCAGAAAAACUAAUAAAUAUUUUCAAAAACUGA